UGAAAUUCGAGCAGUAUAUAUAAAUUACGAAGAAGCUGAUAAUUUGCAGUGAUUUUGUGCUUAAAAAAACCAGAAAAUUUCCAAUUAGAAGAAAUGCAAAAUCAAGACGAAAUUCGGAACCUGCCGAUCGACAUCGCAUACGCUCGCCUUGGAGAAUGGCUGGUGGAUCGGAAGAGAAUUCCGGUGGAUUGGAGGAAGCGUAUGGCGGCUGUGAGGGCGAAGAUCGCCGCCUCUUUUGCUUCUCUGCCCAAAGACAUUGAUCCUUUCUUUCAAACUCUCGACCCCGAAGGGAUUGGCUCGGAAGCAAAACAAAUUUAUGAAAUUCUUGUAAAGUCAACCCCGGAAAGCCGUAAUCUCUUUGGCCGGCUUUCAGGUGCUGCUGGUGAUUGGGAGACAAUUGUGCGUGCAUAUGACAAAGAUCAUAUAUUUCUUGGCGAGGCUGCUCAGAUAAUGGUCCAAAAUGUGAACUACGAAAUCCCGUAUCAGAAGAAGCAAGUCAACAAGAGUCAACAACAGCUUGCAGAAUUAGAACGAAGGGAAGCUGAUAUAAAAAGAAACGCAGCUCUUUCAGCAGCCAAAUUUUCAGAGGCUUGUCAAGAGCUAGGGUUGCAGGGUAUUAAUGUCAGGUCAGAGUUGUUAGAAACAGCUGUAACAUCUCUUCCCAGCACUUUCAGUCAGAUAUUAGAGCUAUUGAACACUGAUUCUGUUUCAAAGGCCAUCGAGUUCUAUUCUACAUUUGUUAAAGAUGCUCAUACAGACAAGGAUAAAACACCUGGCUCUGUUUUGUCAAGCUUGAUUUAUGUUCGUGAAAAUCGCCCUUCUCUUAAUGUUUCUGUGAGCUCUGAAGUUUCUGAUGCUGUUAAUGUUCAAGUAUGUGCUGAUGAACCUGCACUCAUAACCGAGGAAGCUGACUUUGCAGCCGAAAACAUUGACUGGGAUAUUACUAUGGACAGCUCCCAGAUUGAUUGGGAUAUUGGUACCGUUGAAACAGAAGAUAAUGGCAAUGGAUUGGGUCCAUAUGAAAUUGUAAAUGCUAGUGAUAUUGAGACUCAUCAGAUUUCUGAUAGCAUAGAAGAACCUGUAAUUCCAGAUGUCUCUGUGUCGGAGAUUUCUUGGGAUAUAAGUGUUGAUAAUCCACAGAUUGAUGGCCUUGGAGACGCUGAAUCGUUAAUCGUUCCCACAGGAUCUGAUUCAACCUUCCAAUAUUCUAAUCCUGAAGCAAUAGGAAGUAACUACGAUAGGAGUCAGCUUUUGGAGACAGACUACAGAAACAAGAUUCUGGAUGACUUAUUCGAGGCGAAAGCAUUUCUGAAUCAGAGGUUCCUCGAAUUGACAAAUGAAGAAACCUUAUCUUUACAACAUCAAGUCCAAGCAGUAGCUCCCUUUGUGCUUCAACAAUACUCUCCUGAAGCAAUUCAGACAAUGCUGUCUGAUAUCUCUCAAGCCAUCUCGAAAUUAUCGGAUAGAAAAACUCGGGACCUGAUCAUGAUACUCAAUUCCAAAAGAUUUUUGGAUCGUUUGGUAAGUACACUGGAGGAAAAGAAGCACCACGAGGUGAAGUUAAAAGAAGGGUUAAAAGACAUUUAUAACAAACGUGUGGAGCUGCAAAAUUCGCUGUCUUCUUCAUGGCCGAAACAAGAAGCAGCUCUUGUGAAAACGAGAGAGUUGAAGAGACUUUGUGAGAGUACCCUUUCGAAACUGUUCGAUGGAAGACCUGUCAAUAUCAUUGGAGAGAUUAACUCAUUGCUCAGUAGUGGCUUAAAUGUAUAACUUCCCCAUGCAACCAGAUGUUCGUCGUACCGAACAAGAGCAAACGAAAUGGUUUCGACAUUUGCAUAAAACUUUUGUUCCUGCUAACAUUAGUAGCUGACCUUUUGUAUGUUACUGAAUUACAUAUUGUUAGUACUGUUUUUUUUUUUUUUUGAAACUGCUGCAUUGUCUUAACCUAAAGAAUUGGGUGCGACACAGUUUGUGUAUUUUUAGUUUUAUGCUACAUUAUUUCA